UAGCAUGCCUUUUUAUCAAGUACUAGCAGACGAAAAGAUAUUUACCACCAUUGAAGUUUCUUAAGCUCCAUAUUACUACAAAAUUCUGAACCCAAAAAAAAAAAAAAAAAAAAAAAAAAAAAAAAAAAAAAAAAAAAAANGAAGCACAUAUAUAGAGCCUUCAUUUUCACUCCUUUUUCCUGCCACCCUCAUUUGAAAAUCUUUAAGUAUAAUCCAAGUUUUACCCCUUUCUACAGCUCUCUGAAUUGAAACUACUCAACUUCUCGGAUUUACUCCUUCUCGACUAGCCUAGUAGACUAUAUUAUAUAGUAGGUCAUUGGAAAGGACCCCAUCAAAUUGUUAUAAUUUGAGUUUUCGCACUGUAUUUUGAUCCGUUGGUGCAUACAUAUCUUGAAAAUUUGCCAGAAAAAGCUGUAAAAUGGAGUCAACCCAAGUUAGAUCCGCAAGUUGCGGAGGCAAAGCAGGAGAAACGGCAACCGGGUUUCAUCAUAUUUGCGGUGAAGGCCAGAGCAUAAUAAUGCCAGUACCAACGGAAGCUGCUGGAAAUUCUUUUACUGCUUUACUUGAACUGCCACCAAAUCAAGCUUUGGACCUUUUAGUACAUUCUGACGAAAUGGGUUCAGCUGAACUUUCCCUACCAGAUAAUCACAACAAGCCCUACUACUCUUCUCCUCUAAUUGACGGAGGGUCCGCCGGAGAAUUCGCCGGAGAGUUCUCAGUCUUCGCCGCCGGAAAUUCGCCGGAGAAUAGCUCAUUUCCGUCCAAUUCACAAUUCGUGAAGCAAGAACCAGUUGAUUCUGAUUCCAAUCCUAAUUCCUCUCCCGAGUUUUCAAAUCCAACUGUUGAUCAGAAAACCACAAAGCGAAAAGAACGCCAGAAAAAGGGGAAAGAAAGCAGUAGCAAAAAGAGCAAAAGAUCGGCAAAUGAUACCUCAGAGAAGCUUCCGUAUGUUCAUGUCCGAGCAGCUAGGGGGCAAGCAACAGAUAGCCAUAGUUUAGCUGAAAGAGCAAGGAGAGAGAAGAUUAAUGCAAGAAUGAAGCUAUUACAGGAAUUGGUCCCGGGAUGUAACAAGAUUUCAGGUACUGCGAUGGUGCUGGAUGAGAUCAUUAACCAUGUACAAUCCCUACAGCGUCAAGUGGAGUUCUUAUCAAUGAGACUUGCUGCAGUAAACCCAAGAGUAGAUUUCAACCUUGAUAGUCUCUUUGCUACAGAACAGAGUGGUUCUGCAGUGGAUAGUAACUUCGCGAGCAUAGUUGCGCCUUCGAUUUGGCCUGAAGGACAAACCAGCGGGAAUAGAAAUCAGUAUCAACAGCUGUUGCAAAUUGAUGGAUUCAAUCAGCCUGUCUGGGUUAGGGAAGAAGAUAAUUCUAGCUUCAUUACUCCAGAGAACUCAUUUUUGACUUAUGAUUCCUCUGCAAAUUCAGCUUCUUUGCACCAAAAUCAGCUGAAAAUGGAGCUAUGAAUGUAGAGGCAAGGCUUUUUCCUAGUGGUUUAGCCAUGUAUAUAUCGGACAUAAAGGUUUAUAGGAGGCAGCAUUGGAGUAGAAGGUUAACGUUAUGAGUUUCCAUUUCAGGUUGAUCUCUGCUAGAUUUGUGUAUACUAACAUAGAGGAGUCAUUCUCUCUGAUUGAUUCACAAUUGUACUACAAGAAGGAUUAUUAGCAAUUACAUAUUAAACUAUUUCGUUUGGUUUCUCUUAA